AUGCCUCAUUCUGCGGGCACUUUCUCUUCGUCUCACAUAGUACCGAUAAGCUUUGUCAGGUUGGUCACCAGGGAUUUCAAGCCUUCUUUGAAGAGGGCUAGAUACAGACCGUCCGGUCCUGGUGCCUCCUCACGUUUCAGCACGGUUAUUUCGUACCUUAUUUCUUUUUCCGAAGGGCAAUCGACGUUUACAUUUCAUUCGCCUGUAUGCAUUAUCUCCACCGGCCGUGUUGCAGGAGGCCAGCUGAAGUGCUCUUCGAAGUGUUCGGCCCAUCUCUCCAGUCGGCGUUUUUGCGGUAGCGUCCGAUACUUUUUUGCGCGGCAUUUUGAAUGCCACAAAAUGGCAGAGUCAGGGCCGAUUUUGCAUUGGAGAAGAGUGAACGCAGCAUCCGGCAAUGUCCCACGUUCAAGACACGGACACAAAGCCGUUGCAAUCAAGGAUCUCAUCGUUGUAUUUGGUGGUGGAAACGAAGGCAUUGUUGAUGAGCUGCACGUGUUUAACACAACUUCUUGCCAGUGGUUCCUCCCCGCAGUACAUGGGGACAUCCCACCCGGGUGUGCGGCUUUCGGCAUGCUCGCGGAAAACACCCGCGUAUUGCUGUUUGGUGGUAUGCUAGAAUAUGGGAAGUACUCCAACGAUCUGUACGAACUUCAGGCAUCACGGUGGGAAUGGAAACGACUGAAGCCGAAACCUCCGAGAAACGGUCCUUGUCCGUGUCCAAGAAUCGGUCAUAGCUUCACAUUAGUUGGACAGAAGGCGUUUUUAUUCGGUGGUAUCACUAACGACAGUGACGACCCGAAAAACAACAUACCGCGCUACUUGAAUGAUUUGUAUACUCUUGAACUGAGACCAAACUCUUCGGCUAUGUGCUGGGAUAUACCAGUUACAUAUGGUCAACCACCAUCACCUAGAGAGUCUCACACAGCAGUCGCUUACCAGGUGUUGGACGGUCUUAUCAAGAAGUGGCGUUUGCUAGUGUAUGGGGGAAUGUCAGGUAAUCGCCUGGGAGAUCUGUGGCAACUGGAGAUCGAUUCGAUGAAUUGGGUCAAGCCAGUGGUGACCGGAGACCCGCCGGCUCCACGUAGUCUGCACAGUGCAUCUGUAAUCGGCAACCGCAUGUUCGUCUUUGGAGGCUGGGUUCCUCUGGUUAUGGAAGAGAUGAAGAUGGCUACACAGGAAAAAGAGUGGAAAUGUACAAACACCUUAGCCAGUCUAAACCUAGACACAAUGAGCUGGGAACCGUUGGCAAUGGAAGUAUUUGAUGAAAGCUUUGUCCCUCGUGCACGGGCAGGGCAUUGCGCUGUCGCUGUCAACAGCCGGCUCUACAUAUGGUCAGGACGAGAUGGCUAUCGGAAGGCUUGGAACAACCAAGUCUGUUUCAAGGACCUCUGGUUUCUCGAGACCGAUCGGCCUCCAGCACCGACUCGCGUCCAGCUUGUUCGUGCUGGUACCCACAGUUUGGAAGUAACCUGGGGCUCUGUUCCAACGGCUGAUGCCUACGUUUUGCAAAUCCAAAAGUACGAUGUGUCACCAUCACCGGCCUCCUCCAGCCCCUUGACGUCGGUAAUUUCUGACCAGACUGGAUUCAGCAAGCCUCCGACCGGGAGCACUGUCACAACAAUGAAUUACGCGAGGGCGAAUGUUGUGUCUCAGGUUCCGCAGCGAUUAAUAUCGGGAUACGGCGGUAAUCUGCAGUCGAUAGCUGCUGCUGGUAUGACUCCAAUCAUGGCAGCACCAGCUGUUACGCCGAACACUUCACUACACGCACUGGCGAACGCUGCAGCAACCGCAAACACGGGUGCCAUCUCCCUUGCCAGUCGUGUCACCGCACCUGUCACUAGUACGGUUGUCUCUCCUUCUGGAACAACACUGGGUGCUCCUCGUGCGCCAACCGUCAUGACUCCGACAGGUUUGAAAUAUACACCUGUUCCAGGUAGUGCGGUCACCGGACGAGCAGCUGCAAUGGCUGCCGCCACACAGCAUACUACCAUCUCCGGAAUAAGCACGACUGGGGCAACUAUCAUUCGUGCUUCUCCUGGCCUUUGCGUCCCUGGCAAACAACAGGUGAUCACUGUUGGGGGCAAACAAGUGGUUUCUGCCGUUCCCAUUGGGUCCCCAGGCGUUUCAAUCGCUCAAGGCACCAAUCCCGGAGCAGCUUCAACCACUGGUUCCGUCGUGCACCUAGUAAAAACUGCAACGGGCCUGAUCAAACCCAUCAAGUUGCUUUCAACGUCACCAACACCUACAGGCUCCGUACCGAAGACGAUAACAGUUCAGCACAAUUCGACAACGUCCACGGUCCCGGCAGCCAAAGUUAUCAAAGCAAUCCCGGCAAGUAUGCUUCAGAAACCAACAACCGGAAAACCCAUACUCAUCACUAGUGGUCCCGUGCCCCGUGCAGGACAACCGGGUCUUCAGACUCCAGGAGCUAUCGUUCGACCGGCUGGUCAGCAGAUUGUAAUCGUGAAUCCUACUGCCGGAGCUUCAUCGCUGCCGGGUGGCGCAUCUACCGGUGGUCACCAAAAUGUAUUUUUCUCGUCUCCCGGUGGCACUCAGGCCACGCGCCCUCAAGUUACACCCAGCCAAGUAACCCUUGUACGACGUGAGUCCAUAGAGUCGACUACAUCAGUUCCACAGCGCUCCACCGAUGUCGAUCCGGGGAAUGAUUUCGAUGGAGAAAAUAUGCACAUUCCACAGCUUGACGGGACGGCAGACGAAGAGGAUGACACUUCUAAGGCGGGAACGAAGCAGGCUGGUACAUCCGGCCGGCGUGGUGGUCGUAGCGCAACGUCCUCUCGACUGGGACUCGAACUAGGCAUCGUUCGUGAGGACUUGGCAUGCAGUUCCGAACUUCCAGCGUCGGUGGCAGACGAAGCCGCCGCAGAGCUGAUGGCUGAAGCGAACGACGACCCUACUCUGGCCAUAUUAUCUGAAGAUAAAACGGAAGUCGCAAUAGAAGACAUACAUCACGAUGCUAGUGAAUUCGACCCAUUGAUCGAGGGCGUUGAGAACAAAGGAGCUGAGGGUGAAAGGGCGGGUUCUACGUCAAACGUUAGAGAGGCCGAUGAAGUUGGUGACGAAAGCGGAGACGGUGUGGAGUCUAAAAACAUGACAAAAGCUGAGGAUCAAGAUCAGAAUGCAAGUUCCAAUGAUCCGUUGGAAACUCUGGCUCUCGCGGCAGCUCGGCGAAGUGGGGAUGGUCUUCCGCCAGGUGAGAAUAAUCUACCCGGGUCCCUGGAAGAGUUGCCCGAAAGGGCCAACUUAGAACUGGCAACACAAGCGUCUCCAAAUAUUGAUUCAGCUGCACAUGUCUCCCCCUACGCUCCAGCAUCAGCUGAGGACGGUGUGAUUGGUGGGACGGAACAAUCGCAGCAGUCAGGUGUAGCGGCCAGCGCUGAGUUAUCGGGCCAAACUUCAGGGGCGAAUACGGGUCGGUCUGUCACGGUGGACACCACAGGAAUUCGUCCAGUGGUUACAGUCUCAACUGCUACCUCCCAAACACGUUCUGUGACAAGUUUGGCAAAUGCCAAUAGCACCACAUUGUCCAGUCCGUCCCUGUCGAGCAGUGCAUCGUACGGCGGAAGCAGUGUUCAUCGAACUGACUGUUCGUGGCACGACGUGGGUGUGAUCAAAUCGACAAGCUACACGGUCACAAUGUAUUCGGCUUACACCAACGAUGUUGGUGUGAACAGAGAGGCUAUGGAUGCCAUUCAAGGACACGGAGGAAUCGGUCCGAACGGAUUGACUACACAAGGUCCUAAGAUCCAUCUUGCCCCCGGGACUGCCUACAAAUUCCGUGUGGCUGGGAUAAAUGCAUGUGGCCGCGGUCCAUGGUCGGAAAUUAGUGCUUUUAAAACCUGCUUACCCGGCUAUCCCGGCGCACCUAGUGCGAUAAAGAUUACUAAGUCCGAAAGCGGAGCUCAUCUUACCUGGGAACCACCACAGAACACGGCCGGAAGGAUCACAGAGUAUUCGGUCUACUUGGCAGUGAAAUCACAGCCUGCGGGUCAAGAUUUGGCUGAAAGCAAGAUCACCUCAACACCCCCUGGCAUGGCUUUCGUUCGCGUUUACUGUGGACAAGUACCAGCCGCUACCGUCACCGCAUCCACUUUGGCCAACGCACAUUUGGACCUGAGUUCAAAACCAGCAGUCAUUUUCCGGAUUGCAGCACGAAAUGAAAAGGGUUACGGACCUGCCACUCAAGUUCGGUGGCUCCAAGAUAUAUCUGCUGUUCCAGCAGCAGCUGGUUCCCAGGCUUCUGGUGCUGCACCCAUUGGAACUCCUCAGCUUUUGAAACGAGCACCAAGUGUCGGUGGAACUCAAGAUGGUUCAUACGGUACUCCAGGGAAACGCCCCAGAGCGGACGAGCAGUUCUAGUCAUCUGAUGUCUAAACACUCGAAGCGGCGAACGAGGCCGAUGUCAGUUGUCAUGCAUUUUCUUUGGUCUAUUCUUCACCUUGUCACAUCCUCAUCGCCACCGUGAACAAGUGUCGAGUCGAACCAACCAACGUAACGAUCGACAUGAUAUCGAUUCCAAAGUGUGGUACUGUUAUUUGUUUCACAGGAACGCAUAUAAUUUGUAUAUCCCCAAGCUUCUUUCGAUUCAUUCGUUUCAUCCUUAUGCCGCAUAUUAUAAAUAAUCCCAGUAUCCUGUUUGUACAUAUUGCAUCAUUCUUAUUUUCGUGAUCGCCAUUUUCUGUCUGCAACCCUGUACAAUAAGCCGAUUUCAAUUAAAAUAUACCAAUUUAUC